CAAGAUCUAGAAGGAUGUCGACAACAAGCAGUGCCCAGAGCUUGGGUGACGUCAGGAGAAAGUCGGAAAAGGGUUCUUCUGUGCGAUCUGUCAGAGAGAAGAAACGCUACAAGCGUGAGGAGUGCAACGGGCAGUUCAGACAACUUAAGGAAUACAUGCGGACUCAUACAGGUGAGAAACCUUACAGGUGUGAGGAGUGCAGAAAGCAGUUCAGUCGGCUGGGUCAUCUUGAGGAACACAUUCGUACUCACACAGGUGAGAAACCUUACAAGUGUGAGGAGUGCAGUAAGCCGUUCAGUAAGCUGUGUAAUCUGAAGACUCACAUGCGCACUCACACAGGUGAAAAGCCGUACAAGUGUGAGGAGUGCAGCAGUCGGUUCAGUCAGCUGGAUGCUCUAAAGAAUCACUUGCGCACUCACACAGGUGAGAAGCCCUACAGAUGUGAGGAGUGCAACAAGCAGUUCAGUCGGCUGGGUGAUCUGAAAACUCACAUGAGGACUCACACAGGGGAGAAACCCUACAUAUGUGAGGAGUGCAGCAGGCAGUUCAAUCAGCUAGGUCAUCUGAAAACUCACAUGAGGACUCACACAGGGGAGAAACCCUAUGCGUGUGUGGAGUGCAGCAGGCAGUUCAGUGAGCUGGGUCAUCUGAACAAACACAUGCGGACUCAUACAGGUGAGAAACCUUACAAGUGUGAGGAGUGCAGCAGACAGUUUAGUCUUUUCCAUCAUCUGAAGACUCACAUGCGGACUCACACAGGCGAGAAACCCUACACGUGUGAGGGGUGCAGCAGGCAGUUCAGUGAGCUGGGUAAUUUGAAGACACACAAGAGGACUCACACAGGGGAGAAGCCCUACAGGUGUGAUGAGUGCAGCAGACAGUUUAGUCGGCUGUAUAGUCUGAAGAAACAUAUAGAAACUCACAGAACAGAACUUGUUGAAGUGUGAGGAGUUGAGCAAGCAUUUCAGUCAGCUUGGUCUUACGAGACACAACCUGGCUCACAUUGUUGACAAACAGAUGUUAGUUGUACUAAUGAAGCCAGCAGGUGAGGAAGUGAAUCAGAUCUGACAGUUUAGUCAGCGGUUGAACCUGAAAAGUUACGUGCACUGACAAGUUGUCAGUAAAGCUAGUUCAGUUCGCGAGGCGCCAGCCUUUUCUGUUAUGCGGUCCGGUUUGAUCCCAUAUAAAUAUUGAAGUUCUGUUAGCCGUGUUAUUGUAGAAUGUAGUUUGUAAGAUUGUAGUUUUCUUGGAUGUGUAUCAUGUUCAAGUUCAUUUCCUGUUGUGUAACUUCUACAGUGGAAUAUUGCAGAUGUUGUAUUAAUCGUUCCAUAGCAAACUUAAGUUAGUUACGAAGUAUGUCCACAAAGAGAAAAAUAGAAUUUCGUUUCUAAGAUGUUUUGUUUGAAGCAUUUCGUGUUUUGAUUUUUAUCGUUAACUUGUAUUAUGGUAAAUUCAUGUUUUUUUCUUGUAAAAAAACAACUUACUACUAAAACUUAUCAUUGUUUUUGUACCUUUUUUAAAUAUGAACCGUAGCAAGUUUAUUUCUAAAAGUGAAAGAGUUCCCCCUUUACGGGUGAUUUUACAACCUGAGAUGAUAAUAGAUCUAUUGUUAUUGUACUCUUCUAGGAAUAGCUGUUUCUGGGCGUUUGUUUUAAGAUUCGCAGUUUCAGUUUAGAUAAGAUAAUUUGAAAACUAGCAGAAGUGUUAAGAAUGUUGUAAGAUAAGAUCAGUUUACCGAUUUCUAACUUUCUUUGUUGUUAUUAUCUUUAUUUACCUAUUUUGUUAACAGUUGCUUUAGAAUAAACAGUUCGAAAAUAAA